GUUAUGUCGAUGUCCGUUGCUUGCUUGUUGUCUGUCACUGAGUUGUGAGCUGUCACCUGGGUUGGCCGCAUAUAAGAAGUCAACAGGAUCACCUUUUACUUACCACGCAAGCUCCUUCCACCAGCGAUUCACUCACAACAACUUCUCUGGCGGAAACAGUCUUUUGUCGUCCAUUCUUCAACCAUAACACCAAGCGCAAUUAUCUUCUUAACACACCUUUCUACCACGAUAGGAUCUUCAUCUUAUCAACAUGGCCACGAAAAGUCACAAUACCUGGCAAGAGGAACUUGCAGCUGAAUGCCGCAAACUCAGAAUUCCAACUCCCGCCUUCAACAUUGUCUCUGACCGCCGCGGCGGACGUACAGCUUGGUCUGCCACAGUCACGAUCCAGGGACAAAAUCUCGCAGCUCGAUACUGGUACGAUGGCCAGUACCUGAACAACGCAAAAGAAGACGUUGCCGAAGUCGCAUGCACCAGACUCCGCAGUCCUUCCAUUGCCUCCAGCCGUCCACAGGGAGCUCAGGGCGGAAACGGAGGUGGUUGGGGUCGUUGAUGCUCCUACAACCCAUUCUGUACUUGUCACAAAGUGUUUCAUGUCGGCAGAUGGACUGUGGAGGUCAAGAAGAUUGAGAGGGCGGAGAGCUAUGUUAUGAUUCUCUUCCUACCUGUCCCUACGGCAGGGGAAAAGUCAAGUAGUUGUAUAAGGAUCAGCAUAGCGAUGGCGUUACGGCGACGCACCGGUGCAAGUGCAAUGUUUUCUAUGGGGUUGGCAUUUAUUUUUCCUUUUGUUUUUCUUCAACGAAGGGGAUGCUAGACACUAGCUUGGAAGUAUGACGGCGAUGCAGACAAGGGUUGACUUCUGCCGACAACCA